GUACUCCAUAAAACUACAACUUCGCUGAGAACACCAUAAAUGUUGUCGGGUAUGCAGAGUCCUAUAUUGUGCGACAACAGAUAGCACCAUAAUAAACCUUAAGCUUUGACUACUGUAUACAGUGACGUAGUCCAUCUAUUUACUCCUUGCUUCCUGGAAUCCGGAUACGAAUCAUGAAAGAUAUGGAGUAUUGCAUGUACAUGUAGGCCACUUCUUUGUUUUUGCCACUCAGUCGGCGGUGUGCCUGCAUGCUCGGUAGGCAUUCUGCAUCUGCGAAAGUGUUAUUAGCAUCAGCUAUAAUAGUUUUUUGUACGUGAGACUCAUGAUCCAGGUCUCAUUGAAUGGCCUGUCACAUAUAUAAUAAACCCCAUGCUUUACAUAUCAUGUCCAUACUUAGAAAUAUUGACUUGCCCAACCUGCUUGAACACGAGAGCUCGGCGGCUCCUGAAGAUUGGUUUGGGAUCUUGUUUGGUUGAACCACUACUAUUCGGUAUUUGGCUUAGGAAAGGGGAGCCUCGAGUUUCUGGUUCAGUUCCCCAUGGGUCAGAUGAAGUACCCAGGGGAUACGCACGGUGGCCCCUUUAAAACACAUCGCGACAAAUACCCCUCCCCCUUUUCCCACUCAAUUAUCUCGGUUCCCAUGGGCAAGUUCACACCAGAGGCAAAAUCUAGUGUGGGAUGCGACUCAAGAACAAAGAGGGGCACCCUCACGAUUUAGGGCCUCUAUCUGCUAGGUUCUUUGUCCUAAGACACAUACAUAACUACUACCGACAUGGGUGCUGCACCUGCUUUUACCUGCCGUCAAUAACUCGAUUAGUUGCAUGUUCCAACUGUAGUAGUAACAUGUCUUUCAAGCAGGUCACCACUACCAUCGGUAGGGAGGGUGAAGUGAUAGUAUAUUUAUUACCUAGUACUGAAGUUAUUAUUAGAAACCUAUGUUUAGAAGUCCCCUAGAUCAUAUACUCCGUCUCAGCAUUAGAACCAGAUCCAUGGCGUCAGGGAAAGAAUUUGCCUAACUUGACUAAUAAUAGUUAAAAGUGGAGCGCUAUUCUGACGAUG